AUGGCGCCCAACCACCACCACCCUUCACCUUCUCUCUUCAUUCUCCUCAUCACCGCCGCUCUCACCCUCUCCGAUCCUUCCUCCGCCACCCCCUCCGCUUCACCCCCAACCUCCUCACCACAACCACCGCCACCGUCACCCUCACCGUCUCCGCCACCUCCACCUCCUUCACCAUCUCCGCCUCCACCUCAAACACAAUCGCCACCUCCGGCCACGGGAUCGACUCCGCAGCAGAUGAACAACAUCGUCGACGCUCUGAUCGGCUCCGGCGACUUCGGAAGCUGGGCGAACAUCAUCGCCGCCGCGAAUCCGCUCAAUCUUCCGCUUAGCGCCACCGUCUUCAUGCCUGAAAGCGGCGCCGUGUCACGCACACCAGUCGCCGACGCGUUCUUGCUUCCCUACCACGUCGUCCCUCAGCGCCUCACCUUCGCCGAUCUCCGCCUCUUCAAGACCAACUCUCGCCUCCCGACUCUCCUUCCCGGAAAGUCCAUCGUCGCCACCUGCAACUCCGACUCCAACUUCACCGUCGACGGCGCCACCAUCACCCAGCCCGACGUCUACGUCACCAACAACGUCGUCGUCCACGGCGUCGCGCGCGUUCUUGAUUACUCCGUUUACGGCGUCGCAACCGUCGACUCUAAGCCGAAGCCAGAGCGGCAACCGAGUCCGAGGCAGUCUUCUCCUCCCGCGACGCCACUGUGGAAGUCCGGCGCGGCGUUGCCGCGCCUCUGCGUUCAGUUUCCGGUAGCUUUUGCAGUUUUAGGAUUGAAUAAUCGAAUUCGGUGAUUGAUGAAAUUUAGGGUUCUUCAAUUUUCAUUGUCCCAAUUGUGGCUUGAUUUUCAGUUCCUUUAUCUUUGCUGUUAGAUUCAGAU